AUGGCGCGUGCACGAGCGCGCGCGCCGCCCAACCUGGGCGGGGACCGUCGCCGGCGUCCCUCCCCUCCUGCCGUCUCUCCACGUUGCGCCAGGGGCGAGGCGAGGCGAGGCGGAGCGGCGGCGGCGGCGCGCACCCCGUCCAUCCGAGGAGGAGGCGAGGAGCCGCCUGGACGGCUUUUGGGGAGCGAGGAAGGCGGUGCCAUCAUGUCGGGCUUGGAUUACCUGGCCGCCGAGUGCCUCGUCUCCAUCUCCAGCGGAGCCCUGGUACACCCGGCCGCCGGAGCCAAGGAGGACCGCGGGGCGCGCCCCAUCGUUGCGGCCCCGCCGGAGGCGGCGGGGGAAUCCCUGGGAGGAACCCCCGACGGUGCAGGCAGCCUCUCCGGCGCGGCCAAGAGGCACCGGUGCCCGUUCCAGGGCUGCGCAAAAAUCUACGGCAAAUCUUCCCAUCUCAAGGCGCAUCUCCGGACGCACACGGGUGAGCGCCCGUUCCCUUGCAGUUGGCCCUCUUGCCAGAAGAGAUUCGCCCGUUCCGACGAGCUCGCCCGCCACCUGCGCACCCACACCGGCGAGAAGCGCUUUGCCUGCCCGCUCUGCGAGAAGCGCUUCAUGCGCAGCGACCACCUGACCAAGCACGCCCGGCGCCACCCGGCCUUCCGCCCGGACAUGGUCCGGAGACCCGAGUGCCACAGCGCCUCUCCGAGUGACUCUGCCGCUAGCAGCCUGGCUGGGAGCCCCGCCCACGACAGCCCCGCCCCCUGAAAAGGCCCCGCCUUGGGUCGCCGGUACCCACGAUGCUUUGCUGGCCCCAGCCCGCGAGGGACCCUCCGGCGGCGGCGGUGCUGGGGGAAGGGGGCCCGUUCCCGGCUCCCAAUUUGGCGCCUCCGGGAAGCAAGGGGCGCCGCUGGCAAUCGGAGGAACCAUCCCAGGCGUCCAGCCAGUUGCAACGUUCCUCCUUCCCGUACUCCAGGCCUGCCGGGUUGGUUUUUUGGCCGGUGUCUAGGGUCCUCUCGCAGCCCCUUUGCCUUGGUUUCCCAAAGCAAAGGGACAUUCUCCUUCCCCGGCUCCCCGAUACUCAGGAAAGAGUGGGGCACUUUGUCUAGAACCCGCCAAACCUUUCUUUAGCCAGGUGGCAGGUUCUAGGAAGCUCGUUUAUAUGGUACAAUGGGACAGAGAUGUCCAGUAUUGCUCAUCACCAGGAUCUGGUAACCAAAGGUAGACUGCCUCUGGCUUGGGAGGAACGAUUAUGGUGAACAGAUGACUCCCGAGAGGCUCGUAAACAGGGUACGGUACAGUCAGAGCUGAUCCGGCGUCAUUUGUUCGUGGAACCUGGUAACCAGAGGUAUAUUUCCCCCUAAAUUAUUCCUUGCUGUCACGGCUACCCGCAAUUAAUCAGAUGGGGUUCGGCUUCCAUCUCCCAUCAGCCCACCCAAAAGCCAGCAUGAGUAGUGGUUAGGGGUGAUGGGGAGACGAAUGCCUAUGUUUGGAAGAGGCGCUCCCUUCCUGAGAGUGAGGAACGCCUCUUCCUAGCACAGGGAUGGGGAAGCCUGUAUCCCUACUGGUGCUGGACACCAGCUGGCAGCAGCCAGCAUGCCCAAUGGUCAUGACCACUGGAGUCCAAUAGCAUCCAGAAGACCCCCUUUUGGGAAACUGCCCCCCCCGUCUGCUUCGGAGGCCUGUUUGAUUUGCAUAUCUGUCCACACUAUUCCCUGGGACUCAGCUGAGCAUCACUAGUGGGUAAACAAUCCCUAACAUUUGUAAAUAAUCCUCCCCCCCCCCGAACCGGGUCCAAAUUUUAAUAUCUGUACAUAGAAAAUUGAGGACCUGUUUUUAUGGGUGUGGCUGUUGUUAUUUUUAUAUCUAUGUAUAAACAGUGUAAUUUAUUUUAUUUUUAAAUGUAGAAUCUGCAUCGGUCUGGGGGGGGGGAUGUUGACCUGGGAGGGUGGUGGGGAGAAGGCUUAAGGAUUUUAUCCUCUCCCUCCCUUUGCAAACCUGCCUUAUAGCCGAGCCACAGCUGAGCGGCAGAGCUGGGAAUCACUUUGCCCGCAAUCCUGAGGACUAGGAACUCGCUUCGAUUUUCGGGGAAGCGCCGCCGCUCGGUGGGCAGCCCUGCGCUCGGUAGACCACGGAGCCGACAAGACGCAGAAGUCGUGUUGCCCAGACUUGGGUCUCUGGCUGUUUUUUGACUACAACUCCCAUCAUGCUGUUUGGUUAGCAGGACCAGGCGUUGGGGAUGAUGGGUGUUGUAGUCCCCCCAAAAAAACACCCCACACCAGAACCUGAAAGUGCAAUUGAGCACAUUUCAAAGCACUUCUUCGCCCCUUCCCCAGCAGAGCUGUAUUUCAGGGUGUGGAUAAAGAGACAUAGAUACAUGUGCGUGUUUGUAACGUGGGUUUUUGGUGCCUUUGUUCUUCCAGAGGGUUGGAACGUCUCCCUGAAGCCACAUCUUCCUUCUUCCCUUGUUAAAUCUAAUUGUGAGACUUGAUGCUCCCAUGAUGCAGACACCCCCUCGCCGCAAGAGGGUGGAGUUUUUCUGUUUUUGUUUUAUUUGCCAAGGUGGUGGUAGCCAUAUCUGCAAUUGCAUGAUUGAUGCCGGACUUGGCGGCCGGACCCCGGCGCCUGCAUGGCAUCGCUGCCCGCCUUGGUUGCGAAGUUGCCUUGUGCCCCCCUUGUUUCUCGGUGGGGAGAAAAGGGACCUCUCCGUGCAGGCGUCGGACGAUGGGGGGCAGAGCGGCGUUUAAACGCAGGGCUUUGUGCAAAACCCCAAGCGUCAUCGGCCGGCGUUCGAUCCGAGCAGAAUCAGUGUCGCCAUAAAGCUAGGCCAAGUUCAGGGAGUCUUUGAGCCUGCAAAAUACUGCUGAACUACAGUUCCCGUCAUCCCUGGCGGCAGAGGCUGAUGGGAGUUGUAGUUCGGCAACGCCUGGGGCGCCAAAGGUUCCUCGUCCCUGAGCUAGAUAAACUUUGGUGCUUCGGGUCUAGUGAUUUAGGCCCUUCUGGGAUGCACUUUCCGGCCUCCAUGAGGCUCUGGAUUCGAACUCGAGACCUGAAGAUGCCCGUAUAUCCAGGCUGGGAAGCGCAAGGCAUUUUGGCCAACAGCUGGAUGUUUUGCCUGCUCAGCUGGGAUAGUCUUCGCCCCUGCUCCAGGAGUCCUGACCCCCAUAUCUAAAAUUUCCUGAGUUCUCAGGGACUAAUAAGGGAACAGUAAUUCCUGCCCCCCUCAAAUUCCUGUUAUCUGGGGGAAAUUAUAUAUUUAUGAUCUCCCGUCCCUCCUCCCUUUGUAAUUAAGCAAGAGAUAUUUUUUAAACGAAAGCAAGUAGAUUUAUUUAUUUUUGGUUAAAAAGAAUAAUGUGCGAAUUAAUGGGAAGCUAAGCAUCUUGCAAAGGUUGGUUGAGUGUUCUGGGUUUCUUUGGUCUGUGUGCAAUGCGGAAUAGAAUCGCAGUGCAGACUUUAGGAGGGGAAACGUUGGUUUUGGUUGGAGGUGUGAUGUAUUUUUUUUCAUUACGGCCGAGAAAUCUGCACCCACCUGGCGAUUUCCACAUGGCGACAGGAGGCUGACUGCGUACAAAGUCCUAAUCCAUCCAUCCAUCUAUCCAUCCAUCCAUGUUUAUUAUGGGAAACAGUGAGCACAAAUGCCUUCAUUGCCUUUUCUUUCUAAGGAUCUGCUUUGCGUUCUUGUCGGUCAGCACUGCAGAUCUUAAAGAGUUUUGUGGACAGCUCCAGGGGCUUGGAAAGCAAGAGCUAGCUAAAACUAUUUAAUUAAAUAUCUUAGUUCAGGGGUGGCCACCUCUCAAGAGACUGCGAUCUACUCACAGAGUUAAAAACUGGCAGUGAUCUACCCUCCUUUUUGGGGUUAAGGUCAAAGUUGUUGAGUUUUUUCAAGGAGGAGGUAAAAUGUUGAGCUUUUUUUAGGGGAGCCACAGUUGUUCAGCUUCUUUUGGGGGGAGCCAAUGAUCUACCAGUGAUCUACUGCAGACAUCCAGUGAUCUACCGGUAGAUCACGAUCUACCUGUUGGACAUGCCUGUUUUAGUUUAUUAAAGCUAAAACAAACAAAAACCAGAGGCUGCAUUCCUAAAGCCUCUUAUUGUUGUUCUUUAUUCAUGUCCGACUCUUCGUGACCCCAUGGACCAUAGCAUGCCAGGCACUCCUGUCUUGCACUGCCUCCCGCAGUUUGGUCAAACUCACGUUGGUGGCUUCGAGAACACUGUCCAACCAUCUCGUCCUCUGUCGUCCCCUUCUCCUAGUGCCCUCAAUCUUUCCCAGCAUCAGGGUCUUUUCCAGGGAGUCUUCUCUUCUCAUGAGGUGGCCAAAGUAUUGGAGCCUCAGCUUCAGGAUCUGCCCUUCCAGUGAGCACCCAGGGCUGAUUUCCUUCAGAAUGGAUAGGUUUGAUCUUCUUGCAGUCCAUGGGACUCUCAAGAGUCUCCUCCAGCACCAUAAUUCAAAAGCAUCAAUUCUUCGGCGAUCAGCCUUCUUUAUGGUCCAGCUCUCACUUCCAUCCAUCACUACUGGGAAAACCAUAGCUUUAACUGGGCUUUUAGCUUUUUUAAACCAUAGCAUCAAUUCUUCGGUGAUCAGCCUCUUAUUACCCAGGAGCAAACCCCAUUGAAUUAAAUAGGAACCCCCCCCCCCUGUGGCUAUGUUUGCACUAGUAACAUUGAACUGGCUGGCAUUAUUAAAAGUAGGGUUAUAUGACCCCAGGCUGCUUCUGAGAAAACUCGGGAAGUUGUUCGACUGCCCUAAACCUUGAGAUAUCUUCGCCCCAUGAGACCCACACAAAAGCCUCAUGGCUGUCGUUUUCCUCCCUUGAAAAGCACAUGGAGCAGGAGGAGGAAUUUGGGGAGGAUGCCAAUCUUUCCAAGUUCCGCUAAUCCAACCAGGUCUUUUCUCAAGAUUCGUUGGAAAUGGAAGUUGGGUGUGCAUGCACUUGUUAUUUCUGUCUUGUCUCUUGGCAGGCAGGGGGGGAGACAUGGCCAGAGGGUCACUCUGGCCACCCGCUCAGCAGUCGAAAAUUUGCCAAAACAGCUGGCAAACCCUGCCGUACGACUUGUGCAACUGGUGGAUUAUACAAUGUAUUUAUUUGACAACGUAUUCCCCUUCUGGUCUAAAAACCCAUGCAUUGUGGUGGAGAUGGGGUAAAUGAUUUGAGAAAUUGUCAAUAUUCCACACACCCUUUCCCCGUUAUUUUCAAGAAGCACUGAAGCUUGUGUGUGUGUGUGUGUGUGUGUGUGUUUUGGGUGUGCUGCUUGAAAAAUAAAAACGACAAACUGCUUUACCCAUAUGUCUUGCGUGCUGUUUGUGAAAUAAGAUUUCCCGCGUGCUGCCGUAAAUGCCUUGCCGUGUCUCAAGAAGGGCUUCCUCCCUAGUCCGUGUGUUUGGGACAGCAGCUUUGUUUUUAAGAACAUCAGAAUUUUCUUGGAGAAUUGGGAGAGCUGGAGGUCUCCCCAAAGGACAUCCAAACCAACCCCCCUGGUGCAGGAAUUGCAGCGGUUCUCCGGAAGACUGAUCUGGGAUGGGAAAGGGGACUCUCUUUGUUUUAUUGGGAUUCUUAUUGUUUUUAUAAGCUAUUUGGGAAGAGGAUUGAAGAUGAUAUGUUGUGCAUAAAACCCCACCCAAGUGUGGAAAAUGCCGAAGGAUGUCUCUGCCUUGUUGAUACUUGACCUCUUUUUCCUCUUCUUUGGCGAUCACUCGUAGCCGAGGAAGAUUGUCUUCCAUAAACAUGGUUUUAACAGUGAGUCCGUAAGUCCGUAAGUGACUGGAGGCCAAUUCUGGAUCCCCACGUCCUUCCACAGUGGGGACAUAGGUUUCUGGGCGGGAGUUGAUCCUGGUGAGGGAUUGUCAAGCAUGCCUUCCUCUUAGCACGUUUCUCCCUUGCGUCCCGAGUUCAAGUGUCUUCAAAGCCCACGACACCUUUGGUAAAGGCUGUUCUCCAAUUGGAGCGCUCGCAGGCUGGUGUUUCCCAAUUGUCGGUGUUUAUACUACAUUUUUUUAGAUUUGAUUUGAGACAGUCUUUAAACCACCAGCAUUACGCUUUCCAUUCUUAAGUUUGGAAUAGAGGAGUUGCUUUGGAAGACGAUAGCAAGCAACCAUCACAGUUAACCGACUUGUGUGGAUUCAUUUAAUAAUGGAAGAAACAUCCACCUGCGAAUAGGGUUGAAGAUCUAUAAAAAUGAUACAGCAUGGAAUUAAAUUUAAAUAAUUAAAACCUUCGUGGAAGGAGAGACCAGCACUUUUCUCUGUAAUAAUGAGCCACUUUUAACGGGCUCAGAGGCUCCCAGAGCAUGGGAACAGGCCCGGCCUUUGAUCGUAUCCAACUUCCAACCCAACACUGCCAAGUUUUGACCGUAUUUGCUUUGGUUUUGCUGCCAACGCUUAGAAUCAUAGAGUUGGAAGAGACCACAAGGGCCAUCCAGUCCAACCCCCUGCCAAGCAGGAAACACCAUCAAAGCAUUCUUGACAUAUGCCUGUCAAGCCUCUGCUUAAAGACCUCCAAACAAGGAGACUCCACCACACUCCUUGGCAGCAAAUUCCACUGUCGAACAGCUCUUACUGUCAGGUUCUUCCUGUUCCCAGCAGCAGGGCUCCUGUGCCUACUGUUCCAGCGAGAAAAAUGCAAUAGAUGUUCUCCUAUUGUGCAUCUUUUUCAAAACAGGUCGUACUUUUGUAAAAAAAUUAAACAAAAAACGUAAAAGAAAACUUGCAGUUUUAAGGGCAGAGGAGCCUUUUCUGAAAAAAAAAGGCAGCUGAGAGACCUUUGCCCAGUUCCCUUUUUUUUUACUUUCUCUCAGACUUCCUCCUUUAAAUCCCCCUUUCCUCUUUCAUACCCAUUCCCCUCAGGCCAUGAUUUUACCCCCCUUUUUUACUCCACUUUUCCUUCCCUAUUCCAACUUUCCAACAGGCACCUCCUCAGGCACCUCAUGUCCUGGAAAGACACUGCAAAGUGGGCAUACCCAAUGUGCCUUCCUCAUGGCACACUUCCCCCUUUCGUCAUGAGUUUGAGCGCCUUCAAAGUCCACGACACCCUUGCUAAGGGCUGUUCUCCAAUUGGAGCACUCGCAGGUCAGAGUUUCCCAUUGUCGGUGCUUCUAGUACUGCACAUAUUUUCUAAGGUUCAUGUCCAGGGGAGGGAGUAACACUUCAAAAGAAAAAUGCAACAAAGGGAUAGAAAAGCUCAACGUCUGGAAGGGACCCAGUUUAUUUUGAGAUAAGCUACAGUAUUGGUAAGGGACUCCAAAUCAGUUGAUUUUUAAAAUAGCUUUGAAGGAAAUGUACAGGCAUUAGCUCAUAGAAGUUAUACAUGAGAGGCAAGGUCACAGGUCAGGGAGCUAAAACACAUUUUCUGUCCGUUAUCUUGGGUGUCCAGGUGUCUUGGAAUCUUACGAUUCAAGUUUCACUCACUUUUUUGUCUGUCUACCAGUUCCUUAGCGGGCCAUUCCCAUAGCUUCCUACGCCUGGAAAAAUCAAGGUGAGAACAGUCGGUCACAUAAAGGUGCUAUUUCUAAAAUGAUUUAAACAGUUGUUAGAAUGAUAAGGGGAUGGGAGUCAGGAGUUCAGAAGUCCACAUAGCAUAGAAUUCUUACAUUACAUAGAUUCCAUCGCAGAGAGUAUAUGCAGAAAAUCCUGGUCCCUCUUUUGGGAAUGGGUCACUUUUGCCGAGGCGUUUUUCUUGCAAUCUGGACACUAAUAGGUCAGCUGCCAUAUUGGAGAGGCCCAUAUCACGGACUAAGUCCUCAGUGCCGGUUGGCCAAACUGCUGUGGGGCUGAUUGCUGCUCAGAUGAGGAGUCUUUGGAUUCUACAGCCAUUUCUCCAUGAGAAUCCUUGUCAUCUUCCUCACCAU